CGCGGGAGGAAGACCUCUGAAAUGGGUUUUUCGACAGGUGGAAACGAUUUGUUUACUACGACUGCAGAUUUCUUCCGACUGCUUUGCUUUAAACAGUAAGAAUUACGUGUCUGAACGUAUGGUGGUGAUCUCUCGUUCAGGCGAGCAGACACUUGGCCGGCUCUUCGAUGCAUAUAUUCCCUGGCGCAAGUUCAGACCAGAGCUCGGGCUGUCAUGGAGAGCGGGGGAGCUGGAUGGCAAGAACUCCCCGUCCGCCGUAUGGUGCGAUUCGCAGGUGCAUACGGGAUCGCAUAUGGAGUAUUUGUAUGGCCAGCGGACAAGGCCCUGCAGAGGCUCUCGAUACGGCAGCUGCUAUCACAUCAAGGGCUGUACGAGCAGGGCAGUUAACGAGCUUUACGAGGCCUGCUGCAUCCAUGAAUUGCAGCCCCCGCAGGCGGUGUCAGCCUUUGAAAUGAAUUGAAGCGAGCAUGUAGAAAGUUAAAAUAUGCGAGUGGAGGCCGUGUACCUCGUCGCAGAAUGAAUUCGUACCAGAUGUGGAGGUAGUGCAACAGGAUCCGUCUGCUAGGACUUUUCGCCGCUGGCCUUUUCUCUACCACGGCCUGACAGGUUUUGUCGAAAGAAGAAAACUGUGCGUGGUGGCACCGUGAGCAGCUAGGGAGGAAAGUCUAGGACACACUGGCAGAUGGGCCUAUGGGAAAGCCCAUUGUCGUCUACAGUCGGGUGAGGGAAAGGUGAGAGUGGCAGAUGACCUCAUCAAGAACUCGGAGUCAGCUGAACUGUUGACAUGUUCGUCCCUCGCCCUCAAAAGGCGACUCUCCUCUUCGCUCCUUCCAGCUGUUCCGCUCGAGUGAAAAUCAUCCAGUCUGUCUUUCCUCUACGGUGUACCGGAAUGAUGUUGCCUGCUAUCAUCGUGCUUCGUCGCUACGAAUCUACAGCAGCGAGGUCGCGGCUCGCGGCUAGCGAAGCUUUGCAUAUGUUCGGAUGUCGUAACGAAUUACGCCCAAAAGGCGCUGAACUGCCACAGGGCAGACAAUCAUGGGACUGUUGAGUUCAGAAUUGAGUGAGAAGGAACGGAUUUAGAGAGCGAGGGAGAGGUACGCACUACCAAUUGGAGACGGACGACCGACCACAGAAGCGAAGAUCGAUCUGCUGCGCACUGCGCACUCACUACAGUCUGUAGUUCAUCUCAAUACAUACAACAGUACUGUACUCAUGAAGGAGAGGUACUCGAUGCCUCCAUUAAAGAUCGUCCUUGAUCCCGAAUCAGACAGACAGUCCUCGGCUCGGACCUUGAAAUGUCUGCAGAGCGAGACGCCAGCGAGGAGGCGAGAGGAGACGGGAGACCUUAUUUAGUGAGGCCCAGAUACUUAGUGGUGCAGACGAACCCUGGGAGCCACAUGAACGAUGUUGAUGGCUCCUGCUGCUGCGUAAUGGCGGAUUUCGAAACACGCCAGACAGGCCGCCAAACAUUUGAAUGUCCACCAUCCGGGAGGGAUCGCUAGCUGAGUGGCGUUCCUCUCCACUAGCUCGCCCACUGUCAUGCUCGCUGCUGCCGGGUUUCCGAGUGGAUGCGGAUGUAGCUCCCCACUGUAGGCCGAUCAGUUCCCUCUAGCAGCACCAGCACCAGCUGCUGCUGCAGCAAUCUUUGCAUUGGCACCAUAAUCAUCGAUUCCUGGUUCGUACGCACAAUGCAGGAGAGAGAGGCGGGCAUUUCCUGCGGCCCCUCUCUUCGAACUUAUUAAAUCUCCUAAAAGGGGUUUUCCCCAAUAAAAUAUGUUUUAAUCCCAUGAAAAUCU